UCGACUUUCACCGAGUAAAGCCGAAUGACGAAGAGAUCAGCUGACCGCCUCUCCCACGACAGGCUGUCCUCCUUCGUUGUUAUUUCGGUCUUUUUUUGCGGCGAAUCCAAGGAAAGAAGCAGCGUGUGAUUCGGAAAGGAGACUGCGGACACAAUGCCGUCGUUGCUCUUCUGCGGGCCAAAGAUGGCCGCGUGCGGCAUCGUGAUCAGCAUCUGGGGAGUCAUCAUGCUGGCCAUGCUGGGAAUCUUCUUCAGCGCCAAGUCAGCCGUGCUGAUCGAAGAUGUUCCGUUCACUGAAGAGGACAUUAAGAACGAUAAAAACCCUCCUCUGAUUGUCUACGGCCUCUACAGCCAAGUGGGCAUCAACUGCUUCAUCGCUGCCGCCAUCUACGUGGCCGUGGGCGCCGUCUCGCUGUGCCAGGUGCGCCUCAACAAGCGCCAGGAGUACAUGGUCACAUAACUACCCAAGACAGCCUGGAGAGGACAUCCCAUAAUUUAUUUCAAGUGUAAAUGUCUAUUGUGCAUCAUUCCUCAGCUUUGUGAUGAAACGUGACAGGAAGUGUGGAUUUCAAAAUAAGUGUUUGUGUGCAAAUAAAGAAGUAUGUGUACCACCGAGAA